CAGAACGCCGCUGGAUACUUCCUGGAAUGUCUGCAACCCAACGUUCCAUCAGAUAACGUAGUGGAAGCCAGACGCCGCUCAAUAUGACGACUGAAACCUUUGUAAAGGACAUUAAACCCGGCUUGAAAAACCUGAACCUUAUUUUUAUUGUACUGGAAACAGGUCGGGUGACCAAGACAAAGGACGGCCACGAGGUGCGGACGUGCAAAGUAGCCGACAAAACCGGCAGCAUCAACAUCUCGGUGUGGGACGACGUAGGGAACCUCAUUCAGCCGGGAGACAUCAUCCGAUUGACCAAAGGCUACGCGUCCGUUUUCAAAGGCUGCCUGACCCUCUACACGGGCCGCGGAGGAGACCUGCAGAAAAUCGGAGAGUUCUGCAUGAUUUACUCCGAGAUCCCGAACUUUAGCGAACCCAACCCGGAGUACGUGACCCAGCAGUCCCAGACCAAAGCCGCCCAGAAUGACAACGCGACCCCUGCUGCUUCCCAGACCACCCCGGGCCCUGCCGCUUCGUCCCCAGCUGCCGAGAGCCAGAACGGCAACGGGGUGAGUGCCUCAGGCCCCGGCGCCCUCCCCCACCCGCCAAACGUCCCGUCCCACCCCACCAGCGGCCGGAUCACCAGGAGCCAGCCGAACCACCAGGGCGCGGGCUCGGCCGGGUCCAGCUCGUCCUCCAGCCCCAUCAGCAACGGGAAAGAGACCCGGCGAAGCAGCAAGAGAUAACACCGUGGGGUUGGGCCCCCCGCCCCAGCUCGGUGCCGGCUCGCCCCAGGCCCCACUGCCGAGGCAGGAGGCCGGCUGAGCCGGAGGAUGAGGAGCGGGGGAGAGACCGUGGCCGGCUGACGCUCCAGGCUAGAUCAGAGACAGCGAAACCAAGAGCGUUUUCCUCGCCGCAGUCGCGACCAUUUUCACCGGGACUGUGGCGUUCUCCUGAGCAGAGACAGGGAGGGGGGCGCCCCCCCCCCCAUUGGAAACCAGCCCUUUAUCUUCACGGCUCUGCUCUGAGACUAAGCGGAGCCACAGCCAACAGCCCUGCCCCUGCCGGCAUCCCCACGUGCCCCUCUGGGGGCAGGGCCAGCCCCCCUCCUCCCCCCAUCUCACGGGAUUUUGUUCCUUUGGCGGUUUUUUUACAAAUAUCCUGAAACUUUUUAGCAAACUUUAAAAAGCUGAUUUCGCCAGGUGGGGUCAGUGGCCAAGGGGCAGCUGGAGACAACGCGACCCCUGCUGCUGAGGCCUCCGGGCAUCGGACGUGGGGGGCAGCAGUGCCCCCCCCCCCCUUGCCCCUGGGAGGGGCCCGUUUGGGUCUUGGUGUCUCAGCGGAGGCUACCUAAGACUGAGCUUGGAGACAAAUCUCCUCUCUCCCCGGGGCCAGCCCCAGCUCAGGGAACCUCGGGGCACACGCAGCGGAAGGGGGGGCGAUGGGGCGGGGUGCUGGCUCCAGCCCAGGUCGGCCGUGAUCCCCGCCUGGGCGCUCUGGGCCCCCUGCGUGGAACGAGUCUCAGCCGGGUUCCUAGCAGACAAACGUCUCCGUCACCCCGAGCGCCCCCCGCAGCCCGGAGCUGGUGGGGGCAGCUCCCGGGACGGGCGGCCCCGGGGCAGGGGCUAGAUGGAGGAUUUGGGCUCCCCCGAAUCACUGCGCAGGGAAGGGCUGUCACGUCUGCCCACCCGGGGAGGGAUCGGGCCUGGGGCUGACCUCGGAGCCGUUCUCCCUCCCCCCAAGCCCGAUGCUCCCAGCGCCCCCCCCUUUUAUUCUGUUUUAACCCCCCAACUCCCUUUUCUUGUCUCACCCGAGUGGAGUCGCUGGCCUGCCCGGGGCUGCGCUGGAAUA